AUGCCACGUUUCUUGAAUACGUCUACGGGCGAGUUCGUUUGGAUAGUGGAUCCCAGCAAAGAGCGCUACGCAAUCCUUUCUCAUACCUGGGGCGACAAAGAACAGACCUAUGAUGACAUACGGGAUCUCCAGACAUCGGUGGAGAAGCUUAUCAAGGGCAUCUGCGAGUUCGCUCGAAAUGCUGGAUACACGCUGAUAUGGAUCGACGCUUGCUGCAUUGACAAAUCCAACAGCGCGGAGCUCUCCGAAGCGAUCAAUUCCAUGUACGAAUGGUACAGGCAGGCGGACGUCUGCUACGUCUACCUCACUGAUGUACACGAUGUUGUGGACCCCGCGCUCCCGGACUCGUCCUUUCGGCGGAGUAGAUGGCAUACGCGAGGCUGGACAUUACAAGAACUCAUCGCCCCGGAACACGUCGUAUUUCUCACCCGAGGGUGGCGUUUUCUAGGCACGCGCGUGGGGCUCGCGUCGACCCUUCGGGAGAUCACUGGAAUCGACUUCAACAUCCUGACGGGCGUUGCAGGCCUUGACGAUAUCAGUGUCGCGCGCAGGAUGUCGUGGGCGGCGCGGCGGAAGACGUCGCGUGUCGAGGAUAGAGCAUAUUCCCUGUUGGGCAUUUUCGGCGUGCACAUAUCUCCUAUCUACGGCGAGAACGGCAACGCAUUCGUACGUCUCCAGGAGGAGAUCAUCAGGACUAUCCCGGACCAAAGCAUAUUCGCAUGGGGU